GAGAGAGAGCGCGAGGGCGAGAGCGAACUGACUGACAGAGGGGGAAGGGGAGGCACAAUGAGCGAUAGAUUGGACGGAGCGGAGUGAUAAAACCUAAUGUGUGCCAGUCAGCUGGAGACGGAGAGAAACAUAGAGCGAGAGGAGGAAGAGAAAACACAAAAGGAGCCAGUCUGGUGUUGUAACAGGAGCGGCGUCGGGUGUAGAGAGGGACAGACAACAGAGAGAGAGACGCGCACGCUGAGGCUGAGAGGAGCCUCAACAAGCUUUUUCACUGUGGCCAACAAGAAGAGGAGAGAAUUUAAAAGAAUCAACCAGCUUUGUUUUCCCUCCCUCCCUCCCGUUCUCCCCCCUCUGCACCCUCCUCUGAAUGAUUGAAGCCAUGCCCAUCGUGUCUGCAAGCACAGGGCUGCAUGAGACUUUGGCCCUGCUCACCUCUCAGCUCCACCCAGAUGCCAACCAUAAAGAGGACCUGGUCUUCCUCAAAGAUGUCUUCAGUGAGAAAAGCCUGGGUUACCUCAUGAAGAUCCAUGAGAAACUGAAGCAGUAUGAGAAACAGAGCCCAACUCCAGUCCUCCACAGCGCCUCCUGUCUGGCAGAGGACCUGGCAGAAGAGCUUCAGAAUGGGCCGCUGGAGGACGAUGAGAGAGAAUUGCUCCUCCUGCUGAGUACUCCUCACCUCAAGGCCGUGCUGUCAGCCCAUGACACGGUGGCCCAAAAGAACUUUGACCCAGUGCUCCCGCCACUGCCGGAGGAUCUGGACGACGACCUGGAUGAAGAGUCAGUGAAGAUCGUCCGCCUGGUGAAGAACAAAGAGCCCCUGGGAGCAACCAUUAGGAGAGACGAGGCGACGGGAGCCGUAAUCGUGGCCAGAAUCAUGAGGGGAGGGGCAGCUGACCGCAGUGGUCUGGUGCAUGUUGGGGAUGAGCUUCGAGAGGUCAACGGAAACCUGAUAACCCAUAAAAGGCCAGAUGAGAUAAGUCAGAUUCUGUCCCAGUCACAAGGCUCCAUCACACUCAAAAUCAUCCCAGCAGUUGUGGAGGAAGACAAACUGAAGGAAAGCAGGGUCUACCUUCGGGCUUUGUUUGACUACACCCCCUUUGAGGACAAGGCCACGCCAUGCCAAGAGGCAGGGCUUCCUUUCAAGAGGGGAGACAUACUCCAGGUGGUCAGCCAGGAGGACGCCACCUGGUGGCAGGCCAAGAAAAUGGGCGACUGUAACCUGCGCGCUGCCCUCAUCCCCUCCACACAGUUCCAGGAGAGGCGCUUGAGAUACAGGAUGAAAAUGGGUUCCUUUCCUGCUCCUGUGUCCCUGAAAACUCCUACGUAUGAUCGUGCUGACAGAGAAGACUGUGACAGUGAGGGUGCUCUGAAUGGAAAGGACAUAGUUUCUCCCAAGAGUAAGGCAGCCCCUGCCUUCUGUGGCCAUGCUUUCUCAUGGGAUUUUUACUCAGCCAGCCUUCGCAGAAGUUUCCGCCUCAGGAAAGAUCGUCAGGGUUCGCCUGGAGAAGCUCACACUCCAGAUGCCAAUCACACAGAGUUUCUGAUUUAUGAGGAAGUAACACAAUACCUGCCCCGACCUGGUGAGAGGCCCCGCCUUAUAGUACUGAUAGGUUCCCUGGGAGCGCGGCUCACCGAGCUCAAACAGAAGGUGAUCGCAGAGAACCCUCGGCGCUACGGGUUGGCUGUGCCUCACACCACUCGAGCCAGAAAGUGUCAUGAGAGAGAGGGGGUGGAGUACCACUUCAUCACUAAAGCGGCUUUCGAGGCCGACAUCCAGAAUGGCAAGUUUAUCGAAUAUGGGGAGUAUAAAGAUAAUCUGUACGGCACCAGUUUGGAGUCCAUUCACAGAAUUUUGCAACAAAACAAAGUCUGUCUAGUGGAUGUGCAACCAGAGGCACUGAAGAGUCUACGUACACCUGGCUUCAAGCCUUACAUCAUCUUUGUACGGCCUCGCAUCUACGAUUCUCAAAAGAAACCACUUGGCUCCUCUUCCUCGCUCAGCUUAGGGAUCACGGAGGAGGACUUACAGGAAAUGAAGCAGUCAGCGGAGCGGAUGGACGAGAGCUAUGGCCAUUGGGUGGACUAUGUCUUGGUGAAGGAGGACCCAGUCAGUGCCUUAGCAGAGCUCCAGGUCGUACUGGAGAGGGUGCAGAUGGAACCUCAGUGGGUGCCUGUUUCCUGGGUGAGGAGCUAGUGUGUUUACCCGAGCCCAACUGCAUCAUAUUGAAAAAUUGGGCCACAAUGCGAAGACAGAAAAAACUGCAGGGAGCGAAACUAGUGUUUACUGCCAUGUAACCAUCCCACAGAUACAGGUUUGUGAGUUGAGUGGAGUCACCAUCAUAAAAGAACAUCUGCAAUGACUGAAAGCUGCUUUUUCAUCAGUCUGAACAUCUGAUUAGAUUGAUCACUGUAAAAUAACCUGGCUAGUCAUACAGGUGUGGUGCUGGUGUACAUACUGUUUAUCUAAUAGUACAGUGGCAGUAUAACAGCUCUGACAGGCAUGAAGUACAUGCAUGCAGGACAAAGCUCGUAAAGCAAGCAUCUGCACUUGUGUGAUCAGUACUGAAAGAUAUCUACUACAUUUAGCAGUUAUAAUGUGAAGUGCCAUAUUGAACAUGUUAAACCAAUGGAUAUAACUGUAAAACGAAAGAAUGAAUCUGCAUCUUUCAUGCUGGAAACUGUACUUACGUUAAUGUUACCUGAUUUGGCUUUGACAAAAGUCUGAAUUAAACAAGAAACGUGUUGAACUUU